AAUAAUGCGACUCUCGGCAGGGAGUCGCGCACAUUCUGCCAACCUGCCUGGUAGGGUGAGCCGGCGCCGCCUCUGCAUCUCCCGUCUCUCUCCUCCCUUCCCUUCCUCUUUCUCUCUCAUCCCCCUCCCUGCCCAUAUUUAGCCGUUGUAGCUUCCGCCCUCUCUCUCUCCCUCUCCAGGCUCUUAGAACACGAAACGUGAAGGAGACAUAGGAGGAGGAGGAGGAGGAGGAGGAGGAUCAAUCUGCCCCGUUCUUGGCUGCGAGGCGAUCUUUGUGCCACCCACCAGCGCGCGAGGGGCUUCAUUCACCUGAUCCUCGCUUCUUCUUCUUUCGUCCCACUGGUUCGCGUUGAUUGCAUUUGGAGGAGGGGGCAGUCAAGAUGAGGCUUCGGCUCCUGGCCUGCUGCUACAAUGAUCCGGAGAUGCGGAUCGAUCCGGACACCGUCUACCCCAUCCGCCCCGACUGCCGCGACGACGCCCCCAAGACGCGCUUCAAGCCCCGGGGAGUCCACCCAACAAUCAAAGGAGAAGUUUGGGAAUUUUUGCUGGGCUGCUAUGACCCUAAAAGCACUACCGAACAGUGCAACCAAUUGCGACAGCAGCGAAGGUUAGAGUACGAGCAACUGAAAGCUAAGUGCCGAGAAAUGGACACAGCUGUUGGUAGUGGAAGGGUAAUCACUAUGCCUGUAGUAACAGAAGAUGGUCAACCUAUCGAAAACCCUAACGGAGGGGCAUCAGGUUCUGAGCAGAAAAAUAGUGGGGCACCACUCCCGAAAGAAGUUAUUGAUUGGAAGCUUACCCUACACCAGAUUGGUCUCGAUGUUAACCGUACUGAUCGUUUGCUUGUUUAUUAUGAGAGACAAGAGAACUUGGCAAGGUUGUGGGACAUUCUUGCAGUGUAUUCAUGGAUUGAUAAAGACAUAGGGUAUUGUCAGGGAAUGAGUGAUCUUUGUUCACCAAUAUCAAUCAUUCUGGAAAAUGAAGCAGAUGCUUUUUGGUGCUUUGAGCGUCUAAUGCGCAGGGUGCGAGGAAAUUUCAAAAGUACUUCUACUUCCAUUGGAGUUCGAGCUCAACUAACUACCUUGUCUACCAUAAUGAAAUCUGUUGACCCAAAGCUGCAUGAACAUUUAGAAAAUCUUGAUGGAGGGGAAUACUUAUUUGCCUUCCGAAUGCUGAUGGUUCUUUUCCGUAGGGAAUUCUCAUUUGUUGAUACGAUGUACCUUUGGGAACUCAUGUGGUCUAUGGAGUACAAUCCUAAUCUCUUUUCAAUGUUGGAGAGUGACACUGGCACAUCCAGCGCAAGCACAAAGGAUGAAAGUGUUCUAGGACAGUGUGGAAAGUUUGAGCGGAAAAAAUUGCAAGCAGCUAAGAAAGAUGACCAGAUCCCUCUAUCUGUCUUUGUUGUUGCUAGUGUUCUUGAGGCUAGAAACAAGAAGUUAUUGGGUGAGGCAAAAGGUCUAGACGAUGUUGUCAAGAUUUUAAAUGAAAUCACUGGUAGUCUGGAUGCAAAAAAGGCAUGCAGAGAAGCAUUGCAGAUUCACGAGAAGUAUCUUAAAACGGUAAAAGCAUCAUAAGGACAUGUACAGCUUCACUUGGAUGGGCUAUUUAUUUAUUUUUUGGACUAGAGAAGAUAUACCACAGAACUUUUGUUAUCCUUUGUUUGUGUAUUGUGUAAUUCUGACACAUUUGUAACAUUGCAUUUACACAACCAAAAGAAAGGACGAGGAUUUCAUUCAAAAAUAAAAAAAAGAAGGGGAAAAAGGAUGCUGAUCUUGUAAAGACGCGAGACAAAAUGUUUAUACCAUAAUAACGUCAUCAUGAUUCUUUUCUGUU